AUGGCCAGUGAAACUACGCCUCCCCCCAAACCCUCGCCGGAGCUUCCCUUCGCCCUCCCCGCAACACCUACCGGCGUCGCUCCUCCUCCACCAUCCACCGUCGCUGCAGCCACCCCUGCACCCACUUCCGCCCCAUCCACUCCUGCCGGCACUCCGGCGGCCGCAACUCCCCGCCAUCCUGAUCCGGACGCCGAUGCUAUUCACAUCCCCAGCUAUUCCCGGUGGUUCUCGUGGAAUGGCAUUCAUGAAUGCGAGGCCAGGUUCCUCCCGGAGUUCUUCGACGGCCGGUCGCCUGCGAAGAACCCUAGGGUUUACAAGUACUACCGUAACACCAGUGUCCGGCGCUUCCGGGAAAAUCCGAGCCGGAAAAUCACCUUCACCGACGUGCGGAAGACGCUGGUGGGCGAUGUUGGGUCUAUCCGGAGGGUUUUCGAUUUCCUGGAGGCCUGGGGUUUAAUCAAUUACGCAGGAUCCACAAGGCCCCAGCUGAAAUGGGAAGAUAAAGAGACCAAGUCUGCCGCUCAAGGCGGUGAUGUCGGAACCACCACCGAUGCUUCUGCUCAGAAGAAGAGGGUCUGCAAUGGCUGCAAGACUCCUUGCACAAUUGCUUGCUUCGCAUCUGAUAAGCAUGAUAUGAACCUUUGCGCAAGGUGUUACGUGAGGGGCAAUUAUCGGGUGGGUUUGAGUUCUGCGGAUUUCAAGCGAGUCGAGAUUAGUGAAGAAGCCAAGACGGACUGGACGGAUAAAGAGACUUUGCAGCUCCUAGAAGCCAUCAUGCAUUAUGGUGAUGACUGGAAGAAGGUAGCGGAGCAUGUUAGUGGAAAAACCGCAAAGGAAUGCGUAGCUCGGUUCUUAAAGCUUCCAUUUGGCGAAGAGUUUGACGGCCCUCCAGAAUCUGCUGAGCUGGAUGCCGAGUCAGGUUUGCAAAAUGCGGGAGUGGAGGCCAAAAGGAUGCGCCUUUCGCCACUUGCAGAUGCAAGCAACCCAAUUAUGGCGCAGGCUGCUUUCCUUUCAACAUUGGUUGGAGUGAAUGUUGCAGAAGUGGCUGCACAUGCAGCAGUGACAGCUCUGUAUGAUCUUGGUGAUAAUAAACAGCAAGAAUUCAAUGAUGUAUCUAAUGAUAUCAAUAAGUCCAGUCUGGUUGAAGAAACUGCUCUUGCUGAUGCCAAAUCGCAGCUCGAGAAGGAAGAGGAUGAGCUAGAGAAAGUAAUAUCUGGAAUUGCAACUCAGGUGAAGGAGGUUGAAAGCAAGAUUCAUGAGUUUGAGGAUUUUGAGUUAGAAAUGGAUCGCAAGCGCCGGGAGUUCCAGCAAAUGCAGAACAGCCUGUUUGUCGACCGACUCACUCUUUUGUUUCGGAAAAAUGCUCCACACAAAACUGGGGAUAACAUAGGCGAGACUAUUAAUAUUGAUUGA